AUGACCGCCACCCCGCCACUCACAGCCGAGCCCGGCAUCAUCACCCCUGCCUUUGCCACCACCCCAGACGAGACACUGCCCCCGGCCCCUGGCGACUGCCUCUCGUCCUUCAGUGAUCUCUAUCGAGAAGAGGUAGCAUUGGAGUCGGCUCAAGACGCCCUCGCACAUCUGCAAGCCUCCAUUGUCGCCGCUGCAGCAGCUACAAGGGCCUCAACCAAAGGCUCGCUGUGGUAUGCGUUACUCGGACGAGCGUAUACCGGUUUUGAGAAGAUGAUGGAGUGUGCUACCCACAUGCAUGACGCCAAGGUACAAGCUUAUCUUCUGGUGAGUCGAUGUUACUGA